AAUCAUAUCUCAUUCUUAUAUACACAGAAUUUAAUCAUUCGUUUGUGAUUUUAUGAUGGCUGUGAAUAUUGCAAUCCUUAUAACCAGCUUGCUCUGUAUCCUCUCAGCGGCGUCGUGUGGGCGGGUGAUAGUUGGGGCAAAGACGGAGAUUACUGACGUGAGGUCAAACAAGGAGGUGCAGGAGCUUGGGAGGUUUGCUGUAGAGGAGUACAACUACAAACAAAGCAACGGCGGCGGAGAGAUGUUGAAGUUUGUGGAGGUGGUGGAGGCGGAGAAGCAAGUGGUGUCAGGGAUGAAGUAUUAUCUUAAUAUUUCAGCCGUUGAUCGUAAUGGUGUUCAUAGAAUGUUCACUUCUGUUGUGGUGGUCAAGCCGUGGCUUCAGUAUAAAAAGGUUGUCCAUUUUGGGGAUUCAUCUACCUUCCACCAACUACAACGUACAAGUAUGUAAAAAAGAGAACCCUAUAUACGACAGGGAACCGUUUAUUUUGGACCUAAAUAAUGCUAUUAAGCAGUAUAUGGUUUCCUGACUAAAGACGCGAUAUUUGUAAUUGCAACUGAGUUGUUCAUUUCUUUCGAUUAAUAAAAAAUUUCCUCUACUGUGUACGUGAGUGUGGCUUCAAAGACAUAUCAUGAGAGAUUGUUAGGUUUGUACUAUCAAAAUGAACUAUAAUUUAUAUAAUUAAUACUAGAUUAAUUUUUCAAA